GCCUUGCACCCAUCGGAGCAGGAAGCAGCUCGCCAGUUGAGGGGCUCGCUGGUGCGAGCCAAGUUGGGAGCAGCCUCUGUCGGCUCAACAUCGUGCACGCGCACCGGCUCCUCUGCAGGCUUCCUUCGUGCACGAGGCGCGCGAGUGCCUCGCGCAAAUCGCAGCGGCGCACACGCACGAACGCGUCGGGCGUGCACGCGGAUCGUCGUGCACGUAUGUGCGCCGCGAGAGGCUCCAUGCAAGAGGAGGAGGAGGGGGAGGGGGAGGGAGGAGGUCGCGCACCUCUCCCUGGGGGGUCCCACCCCGCUCGAGCCAAGGGAGCAGGCAAGCAGAAGUUGGUCCUCUCCAAGGAAGUCUUCCAACAAGCUCCUCCUCCCGCUCUCCCGCCGCGAGAUUUGGACUCCAAAGCGUGCGUGACCAUCGGCGACAAGAAUUUCGAGGUGAAGGCCGACGACCUGGAGCGCAUCGGCGAGCUGGGCCGCGGCGCGUACGGCGUUGUGGACAAAAUGCGGCACGUGCCCAGCGGCAUCAUCAUGGCCGUCAAGCUGAUCCGCGCCACCGUCAACUCUCAAGAGCAGAAGAGGCUGCUCAUGGACUUGGACAUCUCCAUGAGGACCGUGGACUGCUUCUACACCGUCACCUUCUACGGGGCGCUCUUCAGAGAGGGCGACGUGUGGAUCUGCAUGGAGCUGAUGGACACGUCGCUGGACAAGUUCUACAAGCAGGUGAUGGAGAAGGAGCGUACCAUUCCCGAGGACAUCCUGGGAAAGAUCGCCGUCUCCAUCGUGAAAGCGUUGGAGCAUCUGUACAGCAACUUGCAAGUCAUCCACAGAGAUGUGAAGCCGUCCAACGUGCUGAUCAACAGCCAAGGGCAAGUGAAGAUGUGCGACUUCGGCAUCAGCGGCUACCUGGUGGACUCGGUGGCCAAAACCAUGGACGCCGGCUGCAAGCCUUACAUGGCGCCGGAGAGGAUCAACCCCGAAACCAACCAGAAGGGAUACAACGUCAAAUCUGACAUUUGGAGUUUGGGGAUCACCAUGGUGGAGCUGGCCAUUCUGAGGUUCCCGUACGACUCUUGGGGUACGCCCUUCCAGCAGCUCAAGCAGGUGGUGGAGGAACCUUCCCCUCAGCUUCCAGCCGACAAGUUCUCCCCGGAUUUCGUCGACUUUACCUCGCAGUGCUUGAAGAAAGUGUCCAAGGAGCGGCCCACUUAUGCGGAGCUCAUGAAACAUCCCUUCUUCACAACGCACGACGGCAAAGACACCGACGUGGCGGCUUUCGUCAAGGUCAUCCUGGGGGACUGCUGAGUGGCGGAAUCCUUUUUUUUCCUCCAGAAAGCGCGUGCGUCCAUGUCCGACGGCGUCCGAUCGUGUUACUCUUCUCAUUGAUUUAGCAUGCGCUCGAUUUCUCAAAGUCUUUCGCUGGCGGCGGAGAAUUUUUCUUCUCCACAUUCGGCGCCGUGGACGGCCAUUGCUAUCGGCGAUCCCUCUCGCCGUGAUUGAUGAACGCGAGGCCCUUUGGAAAUCGUUUUAGGAUCUCUUGUUGUGAUGCGUGGCGAUUUGGAAUCGAUUUAUGUGACAUCCGGCAAAUUAAAUCGCCGCCCUGGACUCUUGUUGAUCGAUGUGCCUCCUGAAAUUGAGCGGCGACCAGUCCGUUCUCGUCUAUCUGUCGUUUAAUUGGCCGGCGACCAGUUCAAAAGCUUCAGCCGGAUUUCCCCCGACGAGGAUAAAUGUUGAAAACGGAGAGAUGGCUCAUGGCUGUUUGCUUUUAUUCCCUUUAAAGCGUUUCUGACCUCCCCCAGGGAGUUCAAACUCUUUCAUCAACGUUUACACUUCUUGUUGAGGGCAUGCGCUCGAGAAAUAAUCACAACGGCAGUUUUUUUUUUUUUGUUUAAACACAAGAAGCGCCUUAUUCAAACAUUUCACCUCAUUUGAAAACGAGUAAAUAUGAAACCCAGGAGAUGACACGCCGUUCAAUUUUUAUUCCAUGUCACGCACGAGUUCUUUUCCGCGCUAGUGAAAUACAGAAAUGAUGUGUGCACUUUU